UUCCUGUGAUUUAUAUCUAGAAAUGAAUUAUGGUGACGAUGAUGUUCCUCAGCUUUCAUCUGAAGCUUUAGCUGCUCUGCAGGAGUUCUGUAUUGAGCAACAGCAGAGAGAAGCUAAGACCACUGAUGGAACUCACAGUUACUCUGUUGGCUCUAUUGAAGAGAACUGGCAACUGAGCCAGUUUUGGUAUGAUUCUGAAACAGCAUUUUGUUUAGCUAAUGAGGCCAUAAGAGCUGCUGGGAAAGGUGGCAGGAUAGCUUGUGUCAGUGCCCCUAGUGUGUAUCAAAAACUCAAAGAGCAGGACAGCCAAGAUUUUUCGACCUGCAUUUUGGAAUAUGACCAAAGAUUUUCUAUGUAUGGAGCAGAGUAUAUUUUCUAUGAUUACAACAGUCCUUUGGAACUUCCAACCCACCUUGAAGCACAUAGUUUUGAUAUUGUCUUAGCAGAUCCACCAUACUUAUCUGAAGAAUGUCUCAAAAAAAUAGCAGAAACCAUAAAAUACUUAACUAAAGGAAAGAUUCUGCUGUGUACAGGUUUAAUCAUGGAGGAAUAUGCUGCCAAGUAUCUUGGUGUGAAGAUGUGCAAGUUUAUUCCAAAACAUGCUCGAAAUUUAGCUAAUGAAUUUCGAUGUUAUGUGAAUUAUGAUUCUGGACUGGAUUUGGAUUCUCUCUCUUAAUAACCCAAUAAAAAUGAAUAGAAUAUUUCAAA